AUGGAAUCUUCUGCAGAAACUGCUUGUACGGGCAAGGGUCUUAUGCCCCUUGCCAAGCGGCGUAUUGUGAAAAGUGCUAUGUCUCACAAGGAGUUAAACCUUUCACUAUUUGGCAGACCUUGGACGACAAUGGAAUGCUUCUACAAGGAGGACAAUAUGUUUGUGCGGGCUCAAGCAGGUGACAUGCUGAUGGUUCGAUUUCAAUGUGACAUAUGUCAUUUCAGGAAUUUGGCCAAACGGUUGCCAGAUCCGGGACAGCCCAAGGAGGAUGAGGAGAUUUUGGAGCAUGUAUGCCUCUGCAAACUCUGGUCUCUCAUCCUGUGUUGGCGCAACAAUUGCAAUUCAGAGGGACCGUGGAAACAUUAG